AUGGACAAGUAUGAAGGAGCCAUCCCUGGUGCUACAAGAAGUUGGUAUUCAGAGAUCAAAAACGAUUACAAUUACGCAACUGGUAAAGGAAAUGGCCAGGCAGUUGGUCAUUUCAUGGCAGUGGUUUGGAAGAGCGAGACUAAGCUUGGAUGUGGAUUGAAUAUCAAGGAAGGCGAUGGUACAUAUGUGACUGCACACUAUGCUCCUGCCUCACAUGCUAAUUCGAACUACUAUGAAUUGGCACCAAAAAAUGUGUUGGCUCGCAAAGGACCAGAGCCCUCUUGCAAUAUUCGCUCAGCUGAUCGCAAGGAUUGUAACGACAAACUAAAGGCCCCAUUUGUGACUCCUGAUGAGUGCCUGGCCGCAGGCUGUUGUUAUGACGAUAUGUUUAUGGGCGAGCCAGUGCAGUUCUUUGAAUCAAAAGGGAGGACAUGGUGCUUCCUCCCAGAGGGAGGAACCGGCAAGUAUCAAGAUACGCUAUAA